CUGCAUCGGAAACGGCGCUGAUGUCGGUGCUUCUCUUCAGUGGAAUUGUCACUCCAGCCCUCCCGGCCGCCUUGACCACCGGCAUUGUCUAUGCCCAGCGGAGGCUCAAGAGGAAGAAGAUCUUCUGCAUCAGCCCUCAAAGGAUCAAUAUCUGUGGGCAGAUCAACCUGGUCUGCUUUGACAAGACUGGCACCUUGACAGAGGAUGGGCUGAAUCUCUUUGGCGUCGCCCCUUGCCAGGACGCAAGCUUCCUCCCGCUGCACAGCUUCUCCUCCUCGGGCCCUUUGCCCUGGGGCCCCCUCUGCCAAGCCAUGGCCACCUGCCACUCGCUCCUCUUCCUGGAGGGGAGGCUCCAGGGGGACCCCAUGGACCUCAAGAUGUUUGAAGGCACCGGAUGGGAAAUGGAAGAAUCCGGUUCAGGAGAGCCAGAGAGUGGUGCGCCAAGGACAUGCUCCGUGGUGAAACCAGGACCCAAUGCUUCCAAGGCCCCAUUGGAAGGGAUGGCCAUCCUGCACCAGUUCCCCUUCUCCUCCUCUCUGCUGCGGAUGUCGGUCAUCACCAAAGAGCUGGGGAAGAACACCCACGGACUCUACAUGAAGGGAGCCCCCGAGAUGGUGGCCAGCUUCUGCCAUCCAAAGACCGUGCCAUCCUCCUUCCAAGCGGAGUUGAAGUCCUUCACAGCGCAGGGCUUCCGGGUCAUUGCCUUGGCCCAUAAAGAGCUCUCUCUGGAUGCAGGGGACAGCCUCAGAGACCUGGACAGGGAUGAGUUAGAGUCCGGCCUGACCUUCCUGGGCCUCCUGGUCAUGGAGAACCGGCUGAAGGGUGAGACCAGGCCUGUCCUGGAGGAGCUCAGUGAAGCCCGCAUCAGGACCGUCAUGGUCACAGGUGACAACCUGGAGACAGCCAUCACGGUGAGCAGGAACUCCGGCAUGAUCCCUUCAGGAGACAGAGUCAUCCUGGUGGAAGCUAGUGAUCCAGAGGAUCCCCAUCCGGCAUCCGUCACUUGGCAGACUAUGGAAGACACCGAGCUCUGCAAGGAGAAAAAACAAGACCCCUACAUCACCAUUGAUGGCAGCAGCACCAGCAAUUUCCACUUUGCUUUGAACGGGAAGACCUUUCAGGUGCUUCAGAAGUACUUCAGCCAUUUGUUGCCAAAGAUUCUUGUGAAUGGGACUGUGUUUGCACGGAUGUCUCCAGGGCAGAAGUCCAGCCUGGUUGAGGAGUUCCAGAAACUGGAUUACUAUGUGGGGAUGUGCGGUGAUGGAGCCAACGACUGUGGGGCUUUGAAGAUGGCUCAUGCCGGGAUCUCUCUCUCGGACCAGGAGGCCUCUGUGGCAUCGCCCUUCACCUCCCAAACCCCCAACAUCGAGUGCGUCCCAGAACUCAUCCGGCAAGGCCGUGCCGCCCUCGUGUCCUCCUUUGCAGUGUUCAAAUACCUGAUCCUGUAUGGCAUGCUUAACUGCAUUGCUUGUUGCCUGCUUUACUGGCAAAUGCAGCUUCUUGGGAAUUACCAGUUCCUCCUACAGGAUGGCAUUGCCAUGGUUGCCUGCCUGACAAUGAGCCUGACGCAGGCCCACCCCAGGCUGGCCCCCUUCCGCCCCUCCGGGCGCCUCAUCUCCCCGCCACUUCUGGCCUCCAUCAUCUUCAGCAUCCUCUCGGCGCUCGUCAUCCAAACCUGUGGCUUCAUCUUUGUCAAGCAGCAGCCCUGGUAUGCAGAGGUGCGCUCCUACAGCCCGUGCCCCUCUGGCAACCACUCCUCCGAAGGCACAUUGGCCGUAGGUCACCCGGUGCUGAGCUACGAGGACACCACCAUCUACCACCUGUGCUGCCUCGACUGCUGCAUCCUGGCUUUCAUCUUCUGCAAAGGGAGGCCCUUCCGGAAGCCCGUCUACACUAACUAUGUUUUCUCCUGCCUGAUGUCCAUCUGGUUCGGGAUUUCGGUGUUCAUUCUCUUUGCCGAUACAGAUGUUGUGUACAAGGGGCUACAGCUCCUCUGCAUCCCUACUCUUUGGAGGGUCUGGAUUCUGGUCAUGAUGGCAGUCCGGUUUGCCGUCUCCUUUUUUGUGGAGGAUGCCCUCCUGGAGAACCAUCGCCUGUGGCUCUGGGUGAAGGCCCGCUUCCGGAUCCACUCCGCCAGCAAAUACCGGAAGCUACAAAGGCAGAUGGACGGGGAUGUGUCUUGGCCUCCGAUGAACCACAAAGAUUUUGCAGCGGAUGGGGAAAGCAAUCGAAAAAGCGAAGUCUACAUCAACCCCUGUUAUGAGAGCAGCAAAGAGGACUAGCUGGCUGAUGGACAAGGGCUUGCUCGCCCAGUCAUCUCACUGGCGUUCUUGUGGUGUGUUUUGAUAUGUGACUUCAGCUUCCCUGCGGGUUCAGGGUCCCAACAUGCUUAGGCUCCGAAGGUCAAAUGAGACACGAAUGAGGGGAAGGCAAAGGACAGAGGCUUCAUUCCCUCGUCCAAAGUGGAUGCCAGGAUGGCCUGCUUUCUCCAAUCUGACAUAAAGACAGAGACAUCUAUAAGAGUUUGACAGCUAUUCAAACAUUGACCUUUUGUCACUCUGAGCUCUGAUUGGUGCAGGCUGGUUUUUAUUUAUUUAUUGUAUCAGGAGCAAACCAAUGUAUCCCUGCUUCUUGGCAGAAUGGGGUUUGACUGGAUGGCCCAUGAGGUCUCUUCCAACUCUAUGAUUCUAU